AAGCUAGUUCUUACUUGGUACAUUACUAAGUUGUCUAGAUUUAAUAUCCUUAAUACUGUUUACAACAAACACAUUAAAGUUGGCUGUCAUCACAGCAAUUCCAGUAACAUUUUUGGAAUUUGUAAAAACUUUAGCAUCAAUGAUUUUUGCAUCGUGAACUUUUUGGAAAACAUUAAACUUGUGCACCAAUUUACCAAACAUAUCAAAAAUUAUGACAUUGCCAUCGUCUUGUAUGCAUAUAAGUUUUUCGUCGUUUGACCAGCCCAUGUGGACAAUAGGCCUAUGAGUCCACUAAAAAAAAUUCCCAUAUUACAACAAAUUGAGACUGUUUUAGUUGUUACUACUUUAAACGAUGUUAUAGCUUUUCCUGAUCCGGAAAAAAUCGAAAUAACAGGCUGAGCAGUGCCGUGGAGUUUGAUAGUUUUCUUGUUGUUUCUCGUCAGGGCCAAGGGGCCUCCGUAUGAGGCGGAGGCCGCAACGAAAUUUUCCAGUUUUAUUUCUUGGUUCCAUUCCAUCGAGUAGAUUUCGAAUUUUCUGGAAUAAUUUAUGACAGCGGGUUGAGGAAGGAAAUAAAUGAAUAUAUUAUAUAAUUGCCUUUUAAGUAUAGGAGAAUAAUAUCAUGAUAAGUGGAUAGAUCAAGAGAUGAACAGGGUAUAAAUUGGAUUUAUGCAAUAAAAUCAUACAAAAUUUCUGUUAAAUCACCUUUGGAAGCGUCUGAAAAAUACUUCAAGCAAUCAGAGGGACUUCAAACUUUCAGGAUUUAUUGAGCAGAGUCUUUUUAUGAAACAGAACACACUGCGAAUGGAUCUUGGCCUCAAAAAUGGAAUAAUGAAUUUUUUUCCACAUAGAUGCAACAAAAUCAUACAAAAUGUUCAUUAAAUCAACUUCGGAAGCUUCUGAAACAUACUUCAAGCAAUUAGAGGAACAUCAAACUUUCAGGAUGUAUUGAGUAGGGUCUUUUUAUCAAACAGGACAAACCGCCAAUGGAUCUCAGGCUCAGAAAUGGAAUUCCUUAUGAAUUAUUUCUCACACACAUACAUCUGAUGUUAUCUGAUUUACAAUAGGGAUUAAGUAUCUGACUUUACAAGUUAAAUAAUAUGCUGAAUUACAUUUAAAAAAUCUGAAUUACAAGUGAGGUUUUCUGAAUCAUUGAAAAAAUCUGAAUUUGAAAAAUCUGAAUUACAAAUUACAAUCAAGGUUUACUACUGAAAUACAUUGUAUUUCUACCUGAAUUACAAUUUAGUUAAACUGUGAAUCAGGUUCCCUAUAAGACUAGAAGCUGAGAACAAUUAAUUGUAGUGUGUGGAACAAUUUUCUUAAGAUUCCCCACAAGAAUUGAUUGUAUUUAUUGAAUAAUUGGAUUUUGUAGGUAGUUACCUAUAUAGGUCUGGUCCUAAACGAAACCAGUCUGCUGUAAUUAGUGCACUCGACAUGUUUCACCUAUUUAAAUUUAACAAAAAGAAGUUUAGGGCGUAUAAUAAUAAAAGAUUAGUAAUAAUUGAGAUAAAUAAAUAAAUACAAUUAUUUUGAGGAUUGUAGGUUAGGUUUUCUUGACAUCCAAAUACAGUUUCCUGUAAUAUUCUUUUUUAAUUAUAUUUUAUAUUUGAUCAUUAAAGGAAAAAUAAUUCUAGUAUCGACCCAGGUAUUCUAUAAACUAUGUUUGUCUUGUAAUUUUGUUUCAAAACUAUUACAACAAUCAUAAUAAUAGCUUUUAAACAAACGUAAAAACAGAUAAAGUAUUGAAGCAUAGAUGGCACCACUGUUUAUUACUUCAAAAAAUGACAAGUGCCAACUAGUUUUUGGCGGCAACAAUUUUUGUAUUUUUGUUUACGUUUUUGUUCCCUAAUUUUUAUUACAAGUUUUAAUAUUUUUUCUUGUUAACACAAUGGAUAAUCCGAAGAGUGACCCCGUAGUAAUAACGAACCUUUCGACACUGGAAUCAUUUUUAUCAGAAUCGGCGAAUUUCCGUAACGUCUCCUACAUAUCCCCAAUACCAGAAGUUUGCAAAGAAUACCCGUGCAUUCUGGGCAUAGACGAAGCUGGAAGAGGCCCGGUGCUAGGCCCCAUGGUUUAUGGUACCGCCUUUAUACCUAUCAACGAUCAAAUGCUUCUGGAAGUCUUGGAAUGUGCAGAUUCCAAAGCCCUCAACGAAGAAAAACGUGACACUAUCUUUGGCAAUAUAUGCGAAAAAUCUAGCAAAAUGGGCUGGGCCGUUGAAGUUAUCGCUCCUAACUCGAUUUGUAAUAGUAUGCUGGGCAGAUCUAAGUAUUCUUUGAAUCAAGUUUCAAUGGAUUCAGCUAUAGGUUUAAUAAGAGCUGCUUUGGACAAUGGAGUCAAAGUUCAGCACGUUUAUGUGGACACUGUUGGUAAACCAGAAAAGUAUCAGGAGUAUUUGAAAAGCCUAUUUCCUAAUCUAGACAUAGUUGUCGCAAAAAAAGCUGACUCCACUUAUCCUAUUGUAUCAGCUGCUAGUAUUUGUGCCAAAGUAACCAGAGAUCAUUCCUUGAAAGUUUGGGACUUUGUUGAAGGAAUUGAUGUUAAAGAAUUUGGCAGCGGUUAUCCUGGAGAUCCAGUAACAAAAAGAUUCUUGGUUGAUAACUGUGAUCCAGUUUUUGGAUAUCCACAGCUGGUAAGAUUUAGUUGGUCAACUGCGGCAAACGCUUUGGAAAAUCAUGCUUACCAUGUGGAAUUUGAAGAAGCCGAUGAAGAUAAUAAUACCCCACAGCAAACCUCGAUGUCAAUAACAUCAUUUUUCAAAAUGACUAGUAGUAAAACAAAGGAAAAGACUAUGCAUGAAUUUUUUACACAAAGAUGUCUCAGUAGAAAAGUUGAACUGUGAAGUAAUUUUAUUGUAUUUUAAUAAAAAAAUCUACUCAUUCAAUGCUCUAUGAUAUUCCUUAAGCCUUAUAGCGUGAAUAUUGAUAAAGCCAGUAGCAUCUUCUGGACUGAAUCCAGAGUGUUUGUCCAUGGAAACUAAAUCAGCAUUGUAGAGGGAGGAUUUUGAUGA